UAUACAUUUAUUGUAUUGAAUUGUUUUGAUAUGUAAAUUGAAUUAUUAUAAUGAUGGUAUUUUGUGUAUUUAAUAUGACUCAAUAUAACGUUAAUGACAAUAUACCUUAAGCUAUAAACAUAUGAUAGAGAUGCUGAAUGACGAAAAAGUUGUGCAAGAAAAAUUGUUAACACAUGUUUGUUGAAGACUAUAAAAGAGUGGAUGCUGAAGUAGAGGAGUGGCAAACAUUGUAAAUAUAUUUUAUGUAUCUUUAUAAAUGAUCAUAACUACAAAGGUUGAGAAAUUUACACAGAAAGAAACAUCAAUUUAUAGAAAUUGCACAACAAUUUAAACGCUGUUUUGUGUCUGGAGAACUUCCACGUUUUAGUUCAAAACACAUAAUCAGCCCAAGACAUGUUGGCUUCUAGAAAACUUACGCUAACGUCUAAGAAACCCCAAGAACAAUGCUUAAAAGUUGCAUCUAAGAAACCAGUAAAGGAUUGUUAUUGUCAAGUUGAGACGAAUAAGACAUGCACAAAAUCAUCAAGAACUCAACACAAAUCUGUGUCACUCUACUGUUCUUGUCAAAAUGAAUUUGAGCCCAGAUUUGUCAAAGAGGCUAGCGACAAAGCAGCACUUACUCUGCCGAUCAGCUGUGAGACGCUCAGAAGAAUUCAAAAACUUGACUACACGCCCACAUCUCAAUUCCUUCGCAAUGUACAAAACAAGAUCUCCAAGUUAUGGAUUGCAAAUCAGGGAGACUGUUUGCGAAAGUGUCCACGAUCGUCCAACUACCACCGCUUUAAGACAAGCAUUAGGAUGCAGGAUAUUGACGAGAAAACAGCGUUGCCAAGUGAAUGCAAUCACGUUGACGAAAGGCAAAAAUCUCUGACGUCUCUAGUAGUACCCGCACAUACACUAGCGAACGAAGAAAAUGGAUCCGACGACAAUGUUGCUUGCGUUUCAAGCAAAAGAAGUCAAGUGUCUUCGCGAAAGUUGUCAAAGUCAACAUUACGAAAGACUAUCAGAUCCAGGAGGCAGAUACCAGAGUCCAGCGAAAGACUCGCGUCGAAAUCGCCGAUGCGAGGUAAAAAAACAACGCGGUUGCACAAGCAAGAUUGUCCUUAUUGUUGCAGAAGUGAAUUGGAGAUAAAGACUGCGAAGUUUGGCCGCGAUAAGCGUGCGGAAAGAUGUGAUUUACCGGAAUAUUGCGAGCAAAGAGAACGAUGUUUGAGGUAUGACGAUAGUCCCGCAGUCGAAACUUUUAUGGACCAGGAAAUGGAGGACCUGAAAAAGUUUCGAGAGCAAAAUUAUUUUGAAACACAUGGCUCGAGGCAUACUUUGACAUCGUCCAGAUCAUCGGAAUCGCUGCAACAGUACUUGCUGAACGAGCGAUUGUUUCCGGAACCAGUAGACAAGAUUCACAGACGAGAUUUGGUGGUGACAAUGCCGCCGUGUACGACGACGCAGAGGAAGCGUAUCCAUUACUUUCCCAGAUACGUAGUGCGACAAGAGAAGAACGCUUGCAAUACUAAUUACAAGCGUAAACGAUGCCAAAGUUGUCCUCUCACCGGGCACGCCAUUGAUCUCGGAGUUUUGAAGGCUAGACCGCCACUAAAUAGCCUAGCACUUAAGUACCAAAAAAGAGCUCUUUGACGAAGUCGAAGUGAUAAGAUGAUGGUUUCAAACCUAGAUUUCUAUUAUAGAUUUUGAAAUCUAAGUACAGCGACAUAACUUCUUUUGUUUCAAAGAUUUGGUAACAAAAAUUUCACACAUCGUGUCUCAAUGUUUUAUAUAUCUCUACCUUUUACAUCGUAUAUAAAUAUAUCUUGUGUAAAAAUACAUUUUAUAUUGUAACUUUAUUUAUAAUAAAACAACAUAUUAUAAUA